GCCGCUGUCGCGUCGAGGUGACGACAUCACUGCUGGACUUGGACAUAGACCGCUCGGUGGUGGAAGUCUUUCACCAAAAAAAGGAGUAUUUUUGAUUCCCAGCGCCGUCACCUUCUCCGCCUCGACUUCGUUUUUCUGACAUGGAGACAGACGGGGACCUUAACCCAGACACGGAUGACCUCCCACUGCGGGCCAACACCAGCCACAUACUUGUCAGACAUUAUGCGUUGGACCUGAGCGUCCAUUUCGACAAGAAGAUCAUCAGCGGCAGCGUAGUUCUGUUCCUUGAGCCUCGCUCUGCCGGGGGGCCUAAAACCGAGGACGAUGUCGGAUCAGAAGCUGGACACUGUGCCAGGCAGCGACCGGACAAUGACGGCACGGCGUUUGAAAGUCCCGCUGAGGGUUCGCGUUCAUCGGGGAGCGCUGAUGCAGAGGAUUUCACCUUAGUGCUGGACUGCUGUGACCUGGACGUGUCCAGGGUGGAAGAGGUGGACGUCGAUUCGGUGUCGGCGCUGUUGGGCUUCCCCCCGAAGGUUGCGUCUGAGGACACGUCGGCGAGCUCACGAGCUGCUUUUAUUCAGCACCUUCUCUCCAUGCCCUCCGCCCGCUGGAGGGAGAAGCACCGGCUGUUUUCGCUGUGCGGCCGCGGGCCCGGUGCCCGGAAUGCCGGCUCGCUUGGUUUUCAAACAGACCGCUGGAGUUUGCAGGUGAGAAAGGCGGGCGUCAAGUCUCCGCAGAGCUUCCCCCGAAUUAUUAGGAUCCACUACGCGACAAGGCCGCUGGGAGGGUCUGUGAGGUGGACCAAGGACCAAGACAACAGGGAGUGUGUUUACACCGCCGGUUCUCCCAUCAACAACCGAGCCCUCUUCCCCUGCCAGGAGCCGCCGGUUGCCAUGUCAACGUGGCAGGCGAGGGUACGGGCCCCCAGCGACUGCGUGGUGUUGAUGAGCGGGGACGACCAGGCUGCUCCAGCUGAGAACGGGGACACACAUUUCCUUAUCUGGAACUAUUACGUCACGAUGCCCAUGCCUGCGUCCACUUUCACCUUGGCCGUGGGACACUGGCGGCAGGUCCCCGCAGAAACUCCUUCGGCUCCUGGGAAAGAGGCCGAAGGCGGGGUGGACUGCAGCGGCCCCACGGCCGAGCUUGUGUCAGGACUUAGAAACUCCACUGGCGAAGUAGUAAGGGGCUCUCCACAUCAGACUGGCAGCAGAGACGAGGCCUCCGGCUCCGACGCUGCAUUCUGUCAUUCCUCCCUCGGGGACCAGGAGCUCUCUUUAACUGAUUAUUCAGGCAUGGUGGAUGACGGCAUCUCCUGUUCCCAUGGCGACUACCCCUGUCGGUUUGCUGAGCGGUCGGCUUGGUCCCAGCGGGUGGUUCCGCACCGUGUAUUUAGCCCCGUCUGCCUGCUCCAGAAGGCCCAGAUGGGAGUCCUCAAGCUGCUGCCUCAGUGUUUGGCUGCAGCCCAUGCUGUAUUAGGGGUGCAUCCUUUUCCCCGCCUUGACGUCCUUAUCGUCCCAGCAGGGUUCUCCAGUCUGGGCAUGGCCAGACCACGUCAUUUGGGUCCGUCUGGGAGCGACAGGAAGGGCACGGCGUUUCCUUUGGCUCUUUGAAGCUGACGUCCAUGUGUCCCAAAAGUGCAGUGCUGGACAUGCUGGACUGAUCUUAGAUCACUCUGUACCCAGAUGAAGACGUGUCCAACAUCCCGGAGGAGAGUGGCAGUUUCCCCCGACCAGCAUUGCAGCCGGCUUCCAAGUGGUGUGGGCGAUGUGGGGUUUGUUUUCGCUUCACUGCUGAUUGACAGAUUCCUGUGGUUGCGUUUGUGCCGUAUGAAUGUGUGUACUGUUUAAAUAAUUGUGUAGAGAUGUGUAUUUUCUUGCAGUGGCCUCAUGUCGGAGGAAUGCUACACAGACCAUUUGUGGUCUGCCAUUAACAAACCCAUGUCAGUGCUGUUGCAGAUGACAUGAUGAACAGUUACAAUU